UGCAGUGACUUUCUUUUCUUGGAAUGAAAAAAAAAAAGAAAAAGAAAAAAUAUUUCACUCAAAAUAUUUAAUUUGAAACCAAACACAAACCAAAUACCUCCACUCUUUUCUUCUAUAUAAACCCCCCACCUUGCAACACUUAUACUCACAAAACAAAGCAAAAAAUUGCAAAGCAAAAAAAAAUCAAAUUAUAAAUUUUAUUUCAAUUCUUUUCCUAGCAAAACAAUGGCAAGUUUGAGGGUUACAUGUAUGGUUGCAUUGAUAUGCAUGGUGAUGGUUAGUGCACCAAUGGCAGAAGCUUCAGUCUCAUGUGGAGCUGUAACUGGUUACCUUGUUCCAUGCAUUACUUAUCUUCAAGGUGGUCCUGGUCCUUCACCAGCAUGCUGUGAUGGAGUAAAGAAACUUAACGCGGCAGCUGCCACUACCCCUGACCGCAAGGCCGCUUGUAACUGCUUGAAAGGUGCUGCUGGUUCCAUUGCUCGUUUGAAUAACAACGCCGCCGCAGCUCUCCCCGGCAAAUGUGGUGUUCGCAUUCCCUACAAGUUUAGCACUUCUACCAACUGUAAUAGCAUCAAGUUCUAAAGAGUGUUGAUGAGUGAGAGGAAGAAGUAGAUAGCAUGGCACUUCUUUGUACCUCAGUAUUACCACACCAGCACCAGCACCAACACUAGCUCUAGUAUUAAUAUUAAUUACUAAUGAGAAUAAAGGAAGCAAUGAGGGCUCCACCUCAGCGAGUGUCCUCUUGUUUCAGACUUUGGUUUAUUGGUUUUUAACUUUUUAUAGUUAUAACUUAUAAUGCACAAUGAGUUUUUUACCAGUUUGGUUGUUGCAUAUGUAAUAAAGACAUUUGAUAUUAUUCCAUGCUAUUUCACUUUCUACUUUUAACAA